AUGCGUAUUCGCGAUUGGUUCUUCACCUAUCUUGUACAAAUCUCUAUAUCAUGGAAUCUGGUACUCAGCUACUGUGUCAUGUACGAUGUCUGUCAUAUGGAACGAUCAAGCCCGAUGAAUUGCCGCGCAGACGGGAACUUCACGGCUCUUCCUAUUCAAUCCCUAUCCGAUGAUGCCGCCAAAAAGCUCGAAUACAUUUGUCCUCACUUAUUAGGAGGUAAUGAUGGUGUUUGUUGUUCUUCGGCUCAAGUACUUGCAAUGAGCAAGCAGUUACGUCAAGCUGGUAGUUUACUUGAACGAUGCCCAUCAUGUUAUGAUAACUUUCAAAAGUUAUGGUGUGAAUUCACCUGUUCACAUCGACAACACGCGUUUAUAGAGAUUUUGCAAGAGCUUGACGUCCCGGAAGCAAAUAUAUCAUACGUUAAUAAAGUGCGAUAUAAUGUUAGCAAGGAAUUUUCAGAUGCAUUGUACAAUUCAUGCAAAGACGUUUCAAUGACGGGAAGUGCCACUAAGGCGAUUCGCUUGAUGUGCGGCAGUCUGAAAAAGAAUGAAGAGUGUACUAUCGAUAACUGGUUGAAGUUCAUGGGAACUCAGAAUCAUCGAAUCGGCAUCCCUCUUGGGAUUGAUUUCAACCUUAUCGAUCCAAAGGAGGAGUCUGGCACCGGAUUGGAUUACUUCAUGACGGUUCCAACUACGCCAUGUCAUAUGUCACCACGAUAUGGUCGCGACAAAUGCUCAAGGCAGGACUGUGCUGCUGUGCAGGUUGUAGAUCUGUUUCCCAGAGAUGAGGGCACUAAGGAAGUAUGUCAGGUGCUGGGAAUGGGCUGUAAAGUAUUUCUUCUUUUUGGAUCGUUGUUCAUAUUUGCCGGUGUACUUAUAUUUAUGGGUUUCCUGCAUUUGUUUCAUAGUACUAGUACCAGCGAUUCUGAAUUGGAUCGAAUGGACUACAAGAGCGUUAAUACAAAUAUGGGCCGAAUUCGUACAAUGGGUGCAUGGAUUCAGGAUCAGCUCAAGUAUAACGGCGAAAUGUUCGGACGAUUCGUCGUCCAACAUGCAUGGUUCGCAUUCCUUUUUGGCGCUUUCAUAGCGAUCAUUUCAAUAUCUGGAAACGUCUUCCUGAAGUUCACCAAUGAUCCGUUGGAAAUGUGGACUUCUGCACAUAGUCUAGCUCGGCAAGAGAAACGGGUUUUUGAUCAGAGCUUUGGGCCAUUCUAUCGAGUUGAGCAAAUAAUCAUGUAUCCGAAAUCUUCUGAACAGGUUGUUGACGGACCACACGGAAUUCGGAUGGGAGCAGUUUUUCACAAGAAUUUCAUGCGCGAGGCGUUCGUCAUUCUGUCUCGAAUACUUGGCAUCUCAGCUGUCAUGCCAGAUGGAAGACGUGUCACACUUGAUGAUGUUUGCUUCCGACCCAUGGGCCACGACUACGAUUGCCUUAUUUAUAGCCCCACAAAUUACUUCCAACAAAACGUCUCUUUGUUGGAUAUCUCUAUAACCGCUCAUGUAUCAACUGCUUCAAAAGAUGAAAGUGACGAUUUGGAUUACUAUGCGGAUGAGACGGAGAGCUCGCAGGAGAAGGUGGAAACGAGGAAUUACUUAAAUCACAUCUACGAUUGUAUUGAAAACCCUUACAACAUUGAGACGUCGACCAACAUGAGCUGUUUGGGCACUUACGGUGGCCCAGUCAAUCCAGAAACUGUCUUUGGAGGCGUUUCAGGAGAUUCUGUGCUAACCGAUUCGAAUGCUUUGAUUAUCACUAUUCCUCUCAAUGGAAAAUCAUCAAAUCUAAAAAAAGCGAUGGCGUGGGAACAAGCGUUUAUCACUUUGAUGAAGGAGUACAAGCAUGAUGAAAUUCAAGUGUCGUUUAUGGCAGAGAGAUCGAUUUCGGAUGAAAUUGAAAGAGAGAACUCAUCAGACGUGUACACGGUUUUGAUAAGCUGUGUCCUGAUGAUUGGUUAUGUAGCAUUUGCACUUGGACAAUAUAUUGUAACAGAUAACAACUUGCUCUCGCUAUUGGUACAUUCGAAAAUCAUAGCUGGUGUUGCGGGUGUUGGAAUCAUAUUGUGCAGUGCAGCAAGCUCUAUCGGAGUAUUUUCUUUGUAUGGCAUCGGGACAUCGAAGGCGGCUCUCGUAGUGCUUGUGUUUGUAGUUUUGGCCGUAGGAGUGAACAGAACCUUCAUUAUUGUGCAAGCAUAUCAGAGACUAGAAGACACCACUGACCAGUCAGUAGAAGAUCGAAUAGCCCGAGUAUGUGGUCAGGUGAUGCCUUCGAUGCUUUUGAGCACGCUAACGGAGAGCUUAUGCUUUUUUGUUGGUGCCAUUUCUGAUAUGCCGGCUGUUCGUGGAUUUUCAUUGUUUGCUGGACUUGCCGUAAUAUUCGACUUUAUCUUCCAAAAUACAAUAUUCUUAGCCAUCUUUGUAUGGGAUUGCAAACGUGAAGAGGAGGGAAAACCGGAGUUAAUGUAUCACCGUAAGCUUGAUACAGAACGAGUUGAAAGUGAGGGCUAUAUCUAUGAAGUGAUGCAAAAGUAUGCGGCUCCUCAACUAAUGCGCAAAUGGAUGCGUAUGACGGUGCUUGUCGUGUUUAUUUUGUGGUUUUGCUGCUCCUUGUGCAUCUUCCCGUUUCUGAACCCAGGUUUUGACCAGAAAGUGGCUGUACCAGAGGACUCUUACGUGUAUCUUCAUUUCAAAAAUCUUGAUCGUCUCAUGAAUGUUGGACCUCCGGUGUACUUUGUCGUCGAAGGCGAACUUGAUAUGCAUACAAAACAAGUACAGGAUAAAUUUUGUACGAUUGGCGGUUGCUCAGAAAAUUCUGUUGGUGCUAUUCUUAAUGAAGCUGCAGCACAUUCGAACAGGACUUUCAUCAAGGGCAAUGUGCUGAAUUGGGUGGAUAACAUGAUUCAAUGGUUGAACAAGGAAAGUGAUUGCUGUAAAGUGUAUAACUAUGACAAAAAUGUGUUCUGCCCGAGUAGUAGAAAAGACUCCUAUAAUUGCACAACGUGUGACCCAAAUCAGCGAAAUGGCCGUCCAACUGAGGAACCAUUCUACAAGCAUUUGAAGGACUUCAUGGAAGACGUACCCAAUGCAAACUGCGUUGUCGCAGGCCGAGCCGCUUUCAAGGACGCGAUUCUUCUAAAUCCACGAGGCCACGUACAGGCAUCUCACUUCAUGACGUAUCAUACGCCGCUUCGUACUUCUCGCGAGUUCACCUUGGCUAUGGAAGGUGCGAGGAAAGUUGCCCGCAAGAUUGAGCAAUCCUUUGACGGAAAAGUGCACGUCUUUCCCUACAGCGUGUUCUACGUGUUUUAUGAGCAGUACUCGACGAUUAUCUAUGACGCCAGUACUCAAAUUACUUUAUCGUUAGCGGUAGUCUACGCGGUGACUUGUGUCCUUCUUGGCCUCGAUCCUUCGCUAGGAAUAUCUGUGGAGUUUAUCGUUCAUAUAAUACGGAUUUUCACGCAUUCUGUUCGCCGCACUCGUAUCGAGAGGGCCGAAGAAGCGCUGGCGCAAAUGGGAUCCACAGUGUUCUCAGGAAUCACCUUAACAAUGCUCGGAGGAACGCUGGUGUUAGCCUUCGCACAUUCCCAAAUUUUCAAAGUUUUCUACUUUCGAAUGUUUUUGGGAAUUGUAAUUAUUGGUGCACUACAUGGACUCAUUUUUCUUCCUGUAGUGCUUUCCUUUAUAGGAUCUCCUAUAAAUCGACGUCUGUUGCAAGAUAAACUUCGUGAAGAAGGCCGAAGUCUGCAAGAGCGACGAACCGGACGACUCGCCACUCUCAAGGAGAACAUGACUUCCUCCUCAUUACCCGCGAAUAUUGGAUUCGCGGACGGGUCAAAAGAGAAAUUAGAAGCACGCUCUCCAGUGAUCUCAAUAGAAGUUCCGUCAAAAGUCCUAGAGGGUCCUUUACUUCAUCGCUCGCUCAGGUUGGAUUAG